AUGCCUCCAAAGCCAGAUCCAACCGAAGUCAAGGUGAUCCACCUUAGGGCCACUGGUGGUGAAGUCGGUGCCCAGUCUGCCCUCGCUCCCAAGAUUGGUCCACUCGGUCUUUCUCCCAAGAAGAUUGGUGAAGAUAUUGCGAAGGCCACUGGUGACUGGAUGAUAUUCGCAUUUGUUGCUGUCCAAACCGGACUAAUAAAUAAACAGAAAGGUCUCCGUGUCACCGUCAAGCUUGUCAUCCAGAACCGUCAGGCUACCAUCUCUGUUGUUCCCUCCGCUUCCUCUCUUGUCAUCAAGGCCCUGAAGGAGCCCCCACGUGACCGCAAGAAGGAGAAGAACAUCAAGCACUCCAAGUCCAUUCCUUUCGAUGAGAUUGUUGAGAUUGCCCGCAUUAUGAGACCUUGCUCUUUUGCCAAGGAGCUCCGCGGAACCGUUCUCGAGAUUUUGGGUACUGCUUUCAGCGUUGGUUGCCAGGUCGAUGGACGCAGUCCUAAGGAUGUUAGCGACGACGUCAAGUCUGGUGAAAUUGAUGGCACAACAGCCGUUUCCGCUCUUGGUUUCUUCUACUUGUACUACUACUCAGAGAGAGCUUCCCAUUACUCCAUGGGAUUUACGAAGUAA